AUGCGGUACCAGCUCGUCCUCCUUGCCGUUGUGGUAGCCAUCGCAAGUGCUAAGACUCUCGGCAAAUCCCGGCUCGGCCGAUCACCAGAUGAAUUCGAAAACUAUCUGGAGCCGGUAGAUGACGUCGGGAAUCAGAAUGGGAUGGAGGUGGUCGACAUGGAUGGCGACAAUCCGACCAGGUUCCACCACACCGAGUGCGGGACAGUCCUGAAAGAGAUUGCCCUCCUCCAACCCGUCAAUUCGGCCCGCGGCGAGUACAUCCUGAAGCGCAUCCUCAUCGAGAAAGACACCGGAAAGCCAGCUACCGGCCCAUGCGUCGAUGCCCUGCAAGACACGUUGGACAAGGAGGACGCCCUCAAGCCGUCCUUCAUCAUGAAACGCCGUAGCAUGGGUGGCGUCGACCCGCAGCGCCAGCCGCUUCCGGAGCUUCCGGUUGAGCCGGAGCAGCCCGUUCACCCGAUCGUCUACUCCCCACCGGUCAACCACCACCACCAUAACCCGCAUCAUCAACAUCAACUGCCACCUGUUGAUGACGUUGACAGGAACGUGACCUUUAUCGACUACGACUCGCAAUUCACCGACGGCGAGCUGCAACAGCUGUCCGCCCCGCGCCGCCCAUGGGGUCUCGAGGCGCCCUCGGUGCAGCAACUGAACGGCCCCGCCUACAGGAAUGGUCGCCGCAACAAGUGCUCCUACAAUCGGCCAGUACAACCUGUUGUCAACCCGCAAGCCACCUACUCCGAGGUAGUCCAACUUCCGGUCGAAAUCGCCCCGCCACCCCCGCUCGUCUACCCCCGAUCCUCGCCCCGGAAAUGCAAGAACAGCAAGGUCUCGCCGCUGCCGAUUGGGCGAAGGUGCAAAUCCCGGGGGUCGCAGCACCGUCUACAGCCCUUGCCACCGAGCCAAGACUUCAGCGGCCCUCGCUAUGAAGUGAAUGGAAAUGGGCAGGACUCGUCUCUCGACCUGCAGCAACCCUACGAAUUCAGCUAUGAGGAUCGUAAGAAGCGCGAGCCCAUCCCAGCCCUUCCGGUCUACCGAUUG